ACCAUGCACAGCUGCUUCAACAUUAACUGUGAAUAGAAAUGAAGGCAAUCGUGAUGUGAUCACUCUCUCAAGUUUGACCCACCAAAGCCUUCAUGAGCUGAAAAUUGUUGCUGCUUCAACAUUAACUGUGAAUAGAAAUGAAGCCCAUAAUGACUACCACACCUUUUUUUUACAAUAGAUUACUACUGAGUUCUUUAAUUUACACACAUGAAAAAAAUAUGUAUAUAAAUGGAUGUAGUUGUUAUGCAAGAAACCAAACUCCACCUCUUCUUUCUCAACACUCCCAAAUAUCUUCACCGCCGGUAUGUCACCGUCUGCCGGAGUCCAUGUCCCCCUCCUGACCGGAAAUAAUCCAGCGGUGAAACAUGGUUCGAUUCCUGGUGCAGUAUUUAACGUCGCCACGAGCAUAAUUGGCGCUGGAAUCAUGUCAAUCCCGGCGGUUCUUAAAGUUCUCGGGGUUUUUCCCUCAUUCGCCUUGUUUCUAAUCGUGGCGGUUCUAGCCGAAGUCUCCGUCGAAUUUCUCCUGCGCUUUACACAUGCCGUUGAAACGACGACGUACGCCGGUGUCAUGAAGGAAGCUUUUGGUUCAGCUGGAGCAUUAAUCGCUAAAGUUUUUAUCAUAAUCAACAACUUAGGCGUUUUAAUUCUCUUUCUUAUUAUUAUCGGGGAUGUUCUAUCUGGAAAGGAAGAUGGAGAUGAAGUGUUUUUGGGAAUUUUGCAAGAGUGGUUUGGGAUUCACUGGUGGAAUUCCAGAGAAGUUGCUCUUCUCGUCACCUUGGUUGUUGUUAUGCUUCCAUUGGUCUUGUACAAACGUGUUGAAUCCUUGAAGUAUAGUUCUGCAGUAUCAACUCUUCUUGCUGUGGCAUUUGUUGUCAUAUGUUCUGGACUGGCUAUUGUUGCUUUGGUGCAAGGAAAAACACAAACUCCUAAACUGGUUCCUCGGUUAGACUACCAGACGUCUUUCUUUGAUUUGUUCACUGCAAUUCCUGUUGUAGUCAUAGCAUUUACGUUUCAUUUCAAUGUGCAUCCUAUUGCAUUUGAGCUUGCAAAGCCAUCUGAUAUGAAAACAGCAGCUCGAUUAGCAAUAAUGUUUUCUGCUGUUAUCUACUUUAUAAUUGGUUUAUUUGGCUACCUCUUAUUUGGAGAUUCAAUACAAUCAGACAUUCUAAUCAACUUUGAUCAGAAUGCUGAUUCGGCCGUUGGUUCAUUGUUCAAUAGUUUAAUUCGUGUGAGCUAUGCACUCCAUGUUAUGCUGGUAUUCCCUGUUGUGAAUUUCUCUUUACGAGCCAACAUUGAUGAGCUCUUCUUCCCCAAUAAGACGCUACUAGCCACGAGCACAGACAACAAGAGAUUUGUGAUUCUCACUCUUGUGCUCUUAGUAUUCUCCUAUCUUGCUGCUAUAGCAAUACCAGAUAUUUGGUACUUCUUUCAGUUUCUAGGAUCAACAACUGCACUGUGUCUUGCCUUUAUUUUCCCUGGCUCUAUAGUUUUAAGGGAUGCUCUUGGAAUAUCUACAAGAAAGGACAAAAUAAUAGCACUUGGUAUGAUUAUACUCGCUGUAGGGACAAGUACAAUUGCAAUUUCCACCAACAUAUACAAUGCUUUGGGUAGCAAGUCAUAGUUGGUGCUCUCUUUGAUUUAUUUUAGAAGCUUUGUUGUAGAAAUAAUAAAUGCUGAAAGGAAUUGCUAUGUGUAAUAUCAAGUAUUCAAGUAUUAAAGCAAUAAAAUUCAAAAGUCUAUUUCAAGC